AUGGAUGAUUCCAAAACAGUCACCACUCCUGUGGCUCCACGCUCUAAAUUGCAGUAUGAUGAUGCUUCUCUAUUUCCUGAUGCAACUCUCUAUCGAAGUUUAGUUGGUGGUUUACAAUACCUUAGCAUGACACGACCUGAUAUUACAUAUGCUGUCAAUCAAGUAAGUCAAUAUAUGCAUCGGCCUACUCAAACCCAUUUCAUGGAUGUUAAGCGUAUUCUUCGGUAUCUUAAUGGUAUAUUGGGUCAUGGAAUUUGCUUCUGGCGUGACUCCUAUUUGCAUCUUACAGCUUAUUCUGAUGUAGACUGGGGUGGUGAUCCUGAUACUUCUCGAUCAACUACUGGUCAUUGUAUUUUCUUGGGAAGGAAUCUAGUUUCAUGGGGUUCUAAAAAGAAACCUACUGUUUCGACAAGCAGCACUGAAGCUGAGUAUCGAGCUUUAACAUCUACUUCGGCUGAACUGAUUUGGAUUAGAUACUUAUUGCGUGAUCUUGGUAUUUAUUUGAAACAACCUCCUAUAUUAUACUGUGACAAUAUCAAUGCUACUUAG